CGAUCACUUCCCAGCACCGCCACACACAGACCACAACUCCGAGAAGUAGGGACGAUCGGGCAGAGUUUUUGAAUCGUGGGGAGGAGGGAUCUCUGUUCUUUACACCGCCGUUUUUUAUGGUAUCCCUGCCUUGCUUUCAACGGAUCAUCCCGAAGUCCAGCCCGGUGUGUGUGUCACAAAAUCCUACAUCCCAGGAACGACGUUGCACGACAACAAGGCAGUUCUUCGUCCGGUGCAGCCCCACUCGGCGCGCCUCCACCAAAAACUUCAGCUUUUUUUGAACUCCACGGGAGUGGAUCUCCUCCUUGCUGGAAUCGGUCGGAUUGCUCCCUUUCCGAGGAGCAGUCGAGGGAAAGGCUGGUCGGCUUUUGGCAGCCCGCAGCCACACCCUGCCGGCUGGCGGCCGUCCAACCGGGCUGGCUACACCUGGCGCGGAAGGAGGCCGGCGAGCCGUGGGCAGGAGGCGGCAUUUAAAGACGCGCGCGGCUGCAGCGCGCUUGUUUCCGAACGCUCAGCCCGGUCGGUGCACGAUGCUCCUCGCUCGCUGCCUGCGGACGGCGCUCUUGCUUUUGCUGGCCCCGACGACGGCAUGCGGGGCGGCCGUGGCCGCACGGGAGCCCGACGGCGACAUCGGGCCCGCUUGUCCUUCUUCUUCUUCUCCGGCCGGCUGCGAUUCCCCCGAGAGCGACCGUAAAGCGACUUGCGACGACGAGAAAGCCUGCCGAGUCCGGGAGGAGGGCGAAUCCUGCGGCGUCUAUACGCCCAGCUGCGCCCUCGGGCUGCGCUGCGUCCCUCGGCCAGGCGAGCGCACGCCUUUGCAAGCCCUGUUGCGCGGGAAGGGCGUCUGCUCGGCCCCGCAGCCCAAGAAAGGGGGCGGCAAGAACCAGACGGAGAUCCUGGAGCUCGUUGCAGCUGUGGAAUCCACUCAAGAAGACCUUCCCUUGCAUGCCCAUCAUUCUAUGAUGCACCGGAGAACAGUUUCAUCACCAGUCUGA